AUGGCUUGGGCCACGCAGGCCGCGAAGGUGCGGACAAUCCCGGAGGCUCGACAUGAUCGGCAGCUGCUGAACGACACCAUCCUGUCCAUCAAGGCGUCCUUCCGAAACUUGGAGCAGUCCUGCAGCGCGCUGGAGCAGAAGGACCAGUUCGACGCCGGCAACGGAUGA